AUGGCCUCGCCCGCCCCCAAUGUGCGUGUUGGGGUGGCAGUUUUCGUGUUGGCUUCCAAGAACGAGGACCGAGAGAACCCGCGCUUCCUCGUGGGGAGACGCAAGGGCUCUCACGGUGCUGGCACGAUUGCCCUUCCGGGCGGCCAUCUGGAGUUUGGGGAGGAGCCGGAAGAAUGCGCCAUGCGUGAACUGCUCGAGGAGACUGGGCUCGGGGUGGCUAAUAUCCGGUUUUUGACCGCCACCAAUGACCACAUGCCCGAAGACAAUAAGCACUACAUCACCUUGUUUCACGUCUGCGUCCGGGAGAAUGACGGCGACGACCCCCAGCUGUUGGAGCCGGAUAAAUGCGAGUCCUGGGAGUGGAUUGCCUGGAAGGAUUUGACGGGGUGGAUUGAGACCCGGCAAGAUAAUAAUAGCCAAGAGGACGCCCUGCAACACAAGGUCUUUAUUCCACUCAUAAAUAUUGUGAAGCAGAGACCAGGCGUUCGUCCGACAGAUGUCUGA